UGUUUCAACUCAAAAAGCGCUCAAAUUUUUUUUCUUUUCAAAAAAAGCUGAUGAGGUUAAAAAAAAAAAAAAAAAAAGGGGGGGGGAAGGAAAAAAAAAAAAAAAAGAGAGAGAAACCGGCUUCGUGUCUGUAGGAAACAGAAGUAGCGAUUGUUUGUGCUUAAAAAAGGGGGAGCGCAAAGUCGCGGGCGGAGGCAGCGACAGCGGACCGGCAAGUGCAGCUUUAUUUCGCGAAGUUGAAAGCGGAGGCGAGCGCCCGCUGUCACUGAGCGCCGGGCGGCUGCCGAGAGCCGCCGGGCCGGGGCAGCGGCGGGCACCGGGGCAGCCCCCGCCCGCAGCCCGCCCUCCGCUCCCCGGCAGCGGCGAGAGGCGCGGCUGCCUCCGCGGAGCGCCCGGCGGAGCGCGGCCAGCGACGGCGGGGCCCCGGCGGGCGGCGGACACGGCCCCGCUCCGCGGCUCCUCCGCGCCCUGAGCGCGGGCGGCGGUACGCGGCAGCCGGCCCCAACCCCCUCUUCGCCUUUCCCCCCCCUCCUUCGCUCUCCGCCCCCCCUCCCGCCCCGCUACCGCCGGGCCUGAGGAGCCGCCGCACUCCUGGAUGCUCCGGAGCCGCCGGCGGCGGGGGCGGCCGCCGGCCGGGAUCGCGCCCGCCCGCUGCGCGGAAGCUGCGCGGGGCCGCGGGAGUGAAGCUGCUGCGGGGAGCCAGAGCGCCGAGGGAGCGAAGCCGGCGGCCCGGCAGCCGCUGCCGCCGCGCCCGGCCCUCCGCGGGCGCGGCUCGUCCUUCCCGUCCCUGCUCGGCCCGGACUAGAGGAGGCGGUGUGGGAUGAAAGGGGGGAUCCCGAGCGGGAGUUGGAUGCACACUGCUACGGAAGACUUUUCCUCGGAGCUGUUGCUGCUAAGUCUCAGAUCCCGACUGUGAACAGGGUGGGUUGUCUUCUUCUUCAAAGAUCUCAGGUCUGAGUGAGUCUCCGGUGUACGUGUAUAUAUGUUACCUAUAACAUAUAUCAUAUAUUGCAUAGCUAUUAAUCUAUUACCCCCCGAAAGUGGCCAAAGUCUUUAAUAGGAGUUACUCUAUAUGUGGAAGCAAAGAAAUCUUCUUUCAAGUGGAGCUGCAGUUUUGCUGAAUAAUCACGUGUGAGUUAGGGGCGGGCUCUUGGCAAGGAGGUUUUUUACGAGUAUUUACUACAAGGUCUACUCCAGAAGAUUAACCAUCCCAAUCCUUCUGUCAGUCUCCGAUGCCAUGCCUGGUUAAAAAAAAAAAAAAAAAAAUCUCAUCUUUUUUCCGAUCGUCAGUCACCCUAAAGAAUGGCCGAGCCUUCUGGGAACGAGCUGGCGUCCGCGGCUGCCAAGGGGGACCUAGUGCAACUUACUAAUUUGUUGCAAAAGAAUGUAAACGUCAAUGCACAAAAUGGAUUUGGGAGGACUGCGCUGCAGGUAAUGAAACUCGGGAACCCUGAAAUCGCCAGGAGGUUGCUCGUUAGCGGUGCAAACCCCAACCUGAAAGACAGUACUGGCUUCGCUGUAAUUCAUGAUGUAGCCAGAGAGGGUUUUCUGGACACUUUGCAGACUCUGCUGGAGUUUAAAGCUGAUGUUAACAUUGAGGAUAACGAUGGCAACCUGCCCUUGCACUUGGCGGCCCGGGAGGGGCACGUGCGGGUGGUGGAGCUGCUGCUGGGCCAUGCAGAGUGCAAGGUGGGCCACCAGAACAAGCGGGGGGCCACCGCCUACGACCUGGCCAAGCUCUACAAGAGAUCCGCCGUGGUGAAGCUCUUGGAGGACAGCAGCUUCUUCCCUGCAGCCAUGAAUUAAACCGUGAUUUAAACCCAAGGCAUCUGCGCUCUCCUUUGGACACUACGGCUUUCAGCCACCCUUUCCCCUCACCCCCCCCCCUUUUUUUUUUUUUCUUCUCCCUCCUUUUUAAUAACAUUUGUUGCUACCUUACUUCUGUCAUUUUUCUUGAACAGCUGUUAGCAUAAGUCUCAAGAAAAUCUAGAGGUGGGUUUCUAGACAAUGGAUAUGUUUUAAAUCCACACUCCCAGUGAUUUCUUACACCUGCCAUUUACGAAGGACUCAUAGACUCAGCCAUGUAUAUGUUGGUCGCUCAUUCCUAGUUUUCCAGUAUCAAGUUUUGCAAUUUAUAUUAGGCCAUUCAUAUUAAGUCACGAGAGCUACAUAGUCACAUGCUUAAUGUUGCUGGACUUUUAAGAAGAGGAAAUAGUUUGCUGUGAUUUCUCCCACCUCUCAACGCCCCUCCCCCUCCCUUCGGUCAGGAUUUUUUAAGUCCUGUUUUGGAUUAAAACAGCCUUUUAAGGGGUAACCUGCAACUCCCUCCUCAGACAGAGCCUGGAGUCAAAGGCUGCUUGGCCUGAGGACAGAGGAUGGCGCUUAGAGGCUUUGGGAAAUAGCUGCAUUUUGACAUUAACAGGAGCUUGUAGAAGUAGGUCACUUACUUUCUAAAUGUAGAUGACACUUUUCCCCUUUGUGUAUUUAAACUUUCACCAAGCUGGUUUUGUAUUUAGUUACCAGAAACAGUGUAAGUGGUAUUUUUUUGAUUGCCAGAGGUUUUAAACAGCUCAGCUCAGUAGUUUGUAUUUACUGUGCACUGAACAGGAUGCUUUUUCUAGUUUCAAAACAAGCAGCAAUGAACCAUUGUCAGAGGCAAGAGGACAUGAAGGCUGCAAUACAACAAGUUUUCUGGUCGCUUCAUAAGCUGAGUGCAGUUUAGAUGCUCCUUAAGAAAUAUUUACUUUCCACCAACUAUUCUGUUUUGCCUGGAAAUAAACCAUUUUAAUGAUAGAUGCAUCUCGCAAGACAGGAAUAUUUGAAUACAGUAACAUUUAGGAAGAAGCACAUUUGAUAUUCGGGAAGUUAUGUUAUCACUUGCACUUAAAAUGCAAUUUAACCAUUGAAAAUUUUCCACUGCAAUACAGCUGAGAGUAUUCAUCGGACUCGAACUUAUUUACCUCUCCAGCUGCAACAGGAGCUAAUGAUGCCCAGCACCAUAUCAGAGAGAGUUUAGUGUGAAACUUUUAACAUUUGCACAGGAUCUAGUUGUUGGACAGAUGGACAGUUUAAAGUUCUUUAAUUUGAGUAGUCUAAAUUUUAAUUGUACAAAAUAUAAGGUUUUAAAUCAAUGUAAAAAUAAUAGUACUUAUAAUAGCACUUAAAAGAGGAGGGGGGAUGUACAUUAGUUUAGAUUUUAACUCUUAAAAAAAAAAAUUAGCCCCACAAAAUCAGUUACUACCGUUUUGAAGUAAAAAGUAAUUUGCUGAAACUGUCUGUCACGUUUACUAUAUGCUCUGUCACACUGCUGUGUUUUCUGAUUAAAAACCUCUGUGAAAUACGAA